AACCAAAAGAAAUGGCCCACAUGGUGUAAAUUAGAAAAUCAGAGCACGUGUUUGUAAGAUACGCCCGGUUAACCGAAGAGCCACUAGUGGUCUUAUCCCUUUUCGUUCUUUUGAUACCAAAAGCCAAUAGUAAAAUGGCACUACUAAACUGCUCUGCUUCUUCAAAUGCCACUUUAAGCUCAAGUUUCGUGCCAUUCAAAUCAAAAACUCCUAGAGUGCCUCUGUAUUUCUCUUCAUCAAAUGAAUCUCCAAAACCGUCACGUCGCAUUUCGGUCAGUUCUAUGCAGAAGGCUCGAUUCAUUGCUCGGCGUAAGGAGUCCGUUUCGAUCCAGCAACUCGGGCGGCCUCUAAUUGAGUAUAUGAGCUUGCCGGCGAGUCAGUACUCGGUGUUGGAUGCGGAGAGGAUAGAGAGAGUGGACGACAACACGUUUAGGUGUUAUGUUUAUAGGUUCAAGUUCUUCGCUUUUGAGGUUUGCCCCGUUUUGCUUGUUAGAGUUGAAGAGCAGCCUAGUGGUUGCUGCAUUAAACUCUUAUCAUGUAAGCUUGAGGGUUCGCCCAUGGUGGUUGCACAGAAUGAGAAGUUUGAUGCUUCUAUGGUGAACUAUAUUUCAUGUGGUAGCAGCCAAAGUAAUUCAUCAAUGCAACAACUUACUUCUGAUGCAGUCAUUGAGGUAAGCAUUGAGGUCCCUUUUGCAUUUGGUGCUAUUCCAGUUCCAGCAAUAGAAUCGACUGGGACAAGAAUCCUUGAACAAAUACUUGGACUUAUGCUUCCGCGCUUUAUGGCACAGCUUGUGAAAGACUAUGAAGCAUGGGCUUCUGGUGACACCUCAAGGCAGCCUCUUGGAACAGGUGAGAUUUGAUAUUCAUGGAAAGCAGCUCAAAAUACUGAUUUGAAUCUGCAGUCUUCAAUAUAGUGAUCACCUGUUCAGAGAGCACGAUAGGCAGUGAGAAUCCCAGCUGCUCUAGGUAUAUACCUUUUCUGAUUGUUCUUUAGCUCACCUUUAUCAGAUUAUACCUUUUCUGAUUGUUCUGUACCUCACGUUAAUCAGAUUUUGAGAAAGGUAUAAAUCAUAAUAUAAGAAAUUAGCUACGCGCAUCAUCUUGUUACAAACUGAAUUUCAUGAAGAUGAUUAAUUUCAUGUGGUCCUUGCUACGGAAAA